AUGGCAUUUUCUAAGUAUUCCCAACGGGAUAGAUUCUUCCGAGAAUUGCGAGACAGGCUCGAGAGAGAGUCUGAGGAAGAGAGAGAGUAUGAGGAAGAGGAUCGGGUUGAUAAGCCACGAGGCAAUAACAACAACUACUACUACCGGAACAACAAUUACAGUCGCAACAACAACAAUUACAACCACAACAACAACUACAACCAAAACGAUAACUAUUACAACCACAGAGAGACGAACGAGGAAGAAAAUGGCCUUAGAAUGGAAGUAGAAAAAUACAAGAAGUUAUGGAAAGAUACGGAAGAGAAAAUGCUUUUGAUUGCAAACGCUUACCAACGGGUAAUAAAAUCACUCUUAAAGCGAAAUAGCGAUGCUAUUAGCAAUAAUAAGACAGCAAUGGAGGCAGAAAAACACAAGGAAUUAUGGGAGCAAUCAGAAGAAUCAAAAGCUCGAUUGGAAGAACUGUAUCAUCGUGACAUAAAAGACCUUCAUGACGAUAGGCGGGAUGCUGCUAACGAUAUGGCUGCAAAAGAAAAUAAAUUUGAUAACAAGUUGAAAGCUUUGGAAGCUAAGCUGAGCGAUGAGAUAAUAUUGAAUGAAGCAUUAAGCCAGGAAGUCACUAUGCUGAAGAUGCGAGAGGAAGAGCUUGCUUUAUCGGUUGCUGAUAACAAAACGGCAAUCAAUUCCGAAUUGGAAAGUAAAGAAAGUGAAGUACGCGAAUUGAAGGUGCAACUCGAAAGCAAUAAGAAGAAUAUGGAAGAAGCGUUGACAAACAGAGAUAUCUUAAGGAAUGAAGUAAACGAUCUGCAGGACAAACUGACGGCCACUGAGGAAAAAGUGAAGAAUCUUGACAGUACGAUAUCCUUGACGGUAACUACUUGCAAUAAACAAAAGAACGAGUUGGAGUCGCAGUUUGUGGAAUUCGAGCAAAAGACUUUGGAUUUGGAAAAGGAGAACCAUAAUAUGAAAACGGUUAUCAUUAAUUUAGAGCAAGAGAAAAGUGACAUUUCUUCGAAGUUUGUGGAAUUCGAACGAAAGAUUUUGGAUCUGGAAAAAGAAAACCAUCUUAUGAAAACGGUUAUCAUCAAUUUGGAGCAACAGAAGAGCGACCUUAAUAAACACUUGCCAGAAUCUAUUGAUAAAUCGGAAAAGCUACUCAGUGAAAAGGAUACGUUGUCAACUAAAGUUCAAGAACUAGAAGAAAAUUCAAAAUGUUUCAGUAGCUAUGAAAAAGUUACAAGUUUCAAAGGUCCAAUUGAUAAUUUUUGCGUAAUUAAAGAGGAAACGCAGAACAAAUUGACUUCACCACUGAAACAACUAAAGAAUGCCCAUGCGGAGAAAGCAGUGAGCGAAUACCGCAAUACUAAAACUCGGUUGAAAUUGCAACAGCUACAAGAAACUACCUAUGAUAACGAGAAUUUUUUUCAAGAACCCCAAAGCCAAAUCAAACAACAAGAAAGUGCUCAUGCCAAAGAGGAAGCAACUAUUGCGAGUCUCGCAAAACGAAAAGACUUCGAACCACUGGGCAAUCUUUUAAACGAGAUAGAUUUACUACGAGAUUGUGUAUUUUCGGAAAACUAUGAGUGCCUAACGGAACUUCUGUGGGAUGACCACGGUUGA